GCAAAGGUUAUUACAAACGUAAGGACAAACGACGUUGUUUCCCUGAUUAUGUUUUCUCCAAUUUCGCUUCAAAAGAUAUCUAAACGAUUGUCUUGGAAUUCUUCUUGGCGUUGCUCUUGUGGGAUUACCAUGCCGCAUUCCAACACAAUUUGAACAGACCAAAAACCAGGGGUCCAUGGUCUUUGGCCACAAACUGGUCGCUAUGGAUCGAGUAAAUGUCUGCCUCCAAAGUCUACUUUAGACCCAGCCAAAAUCCAUUACUGCUACGACGAGGAUGGUGACACAAUAGAACACGAGAGAUGGUUUGAGAACCACGAAUGGGAAAAACACGGCAUUUGUGCCGGUGUCUCCGAUGCCGAUGCGUUCUUUGACUUGGUUUGCAAUAUCUCGAGAGCGCCAUUGGCUCUGAUGACCAGCGUCCGCAACCAGCAGCCAUCGUCGGACAAAUCCCUCGACCCCUUUGUCGAGGCGCUAGAAUCGGCUGGGUAUCCAGUAUUCAGCACAGAUAAUCUUUUCAAGCAGAUUCUAUUGAGUGCAUGUGCUUCUGAGGAUGGCAAAUGGAUCCUUGCCGAUGCAUCGGAAUUCUCUGCAAAAUGCGGUGGCCCACGAAAUUCGAAUGAUGUGGUGUCACAAUGAAAUGUGUACCAGAGAAUACUGUGAAUUUAAAACAUUUGUUUAGCGCAAUAAAUCUAUAAUUUCAAC